AUGUUAGGCAAGCUUCGCGUGAAAUGUAUGACUUGUGGACAAAUAGACUUGGAGCGAAGUGAUUUUGAACGUCAUGUUACCGCUGCAUGUCCUGCAAUUUGCUCGGCAGCGGAUAUCAUGUGUCCAUGGACAGGAGUACGUGGACAGCUUGACAACCAUUUGGCCAAUUGUAGCUAUCACAAUUUGCGACCGAAACUCGUUUCACUUAUGGCUGAACGUAAACAACUCAAAGAACAAGUAUCACAACAAAUAGCUGCAAUAAAGAAAUUUAAAGACGAGGUUCAGCAGCUGAAAAACGAAAGAGAACAGAAUAAAAUUCUUAAUCAGAACAGCAAUCGGCAUUUCACAGAACAAAAUAUACAGCAUAAAGCUCAAAUUGACCAACAUGUGAAUAAACUUCGACAAUUCGAAGAACAAUUGAAACGAGAACAAAAUCAAAGUCACUACCACCAUAACAAGAUUCGUGAACUUCACGAGGGAAAUAAGAAAUUAGUAGCUCAAGUUGAGAGAAACGAACAGGAGGCUCGAGAUCUUAAAGAACAGUUAAAGCGCCAGAUCAGUCAAAGAGAUGCGGAUCACAAACAAAUUUGUUCUCUCAAAGAAAAACUAAAACAACAAAUAGCUGCAGCAGAAGGUUAUCAUAAUGAUAUUAUGCAACUUAAAGAACAAUUGAAACAUGAAUAUGCUAAAAAUGAUGAACAUCAGACUGAAGUAAAAAGUCUUAAAGAACAAAUGAAAGAUGAACAUAUGCAAAGCCGGAAUGAAAUUCAACAACUAACAGAAAACGAAAUGCAUUACAAGGCUGAUAUUGCUGAGUAUCGAGGCGGCAUACAGAAGUUGAAGCAACAGGUAAAACAUCAGAAAAUUCGGCUCAGCAAACUCCAAGAUGAAAACCAGCGGCAAAAAGGUGAGAUGAAACGCAUUGUUCAGAAGCAAAAUGAGCAGCCAAUGAACGAGACAGAUACCGAACCAGGUAAGUGUAGACAGAAAAGUUAA